GAGACAUGAGGGUCAGCAGUGAGUCAGGAUGUCGGUCACUCACCAGUGUUCAUAUUGGACGUGUUCCGCGAGAGCAAGUCAGUCGUCUUCACAGAGAAGUAAAAGAUGAAGCUUCAGUACUCUCUCCUCUGCCUGUGUGCGCUCUUAAUUUCUGCCUCGUGUGCGGAAGAGCCUACAGUUCUGGGCCCUAGAGGCCCUCGUCCUAAUGAACCUGGCUUCAAGGCUGACAAAUGUGCCACAGAGAAAGAAUGGCCCGUCUGCUUAGAUGACGAAUGGGGUAGAAAAUGUCCAUCUGGCUGCCGAAUUCAAGGCCUUCUGGAUCAAACCGACCACGAGAUCCUCAACAAGAUUGAGAAGAUCCGCAAGCUUCUUGACGAGGGAAAGAAAUUGCAUCGAUCCACAGAUUUGGAGUCCAAAAAUACGUACAACUUUCUGAGAGAGAGGCUCGUCUCCAGCGCAGGUAAUGAUAACAGAUAUACCACUUUGGCUGAACAGCUGAGGCAGAGGAUUGUUGAGUUGAAGAUUAAAAUCGACCGUCAGCUGAGAGUGCUGGAGGCUUUAAAAGCUCAAAUUAAAACCCAGUUCAUCUCUGUACAGCGCCUGGAGGUUGACAUUGACAUCAAGCUGCGCAGCUGUAAAGGUUCCUGUGCCAGCUCUGUGAACUUCUCUGUGGACAAGGAGGGCUACGAAUCUCUGGAAAAGCAGCUGGACCGCCUUGACACCUUAAAGGUCCAGACUGUUGAAACUGUCAGUUCCUUAAAGGUACUGAAGAGCAGGCCACUGAAAGACGUAAACGUGCCGUCCAUCUACAAGUCUAUAACCUCUGACACGGAAAGAGCCGCGCAGAGGAAGACCUACUUCUCUGAUGUGGGCCAGCUUCAGCUCUCCCUGGAGGCUGAGGGAUCCACGGCAGAAACGGCCGCCACCGUCAGCAAAGUCAGCACAGGUACGGGCCAAUCUACACCCAUCUCUACCACACGAAUCACCAGCCAAUCACUCAGCUGCACCCAGACCGUCCGCAAGGUAACAACGGUCACAAAAGAUGGAGUUCAGGAAAAGUACGAAACGGUGAGAAGUGGGCCAGGGUGUGACACCAUUGGAAAACUUGGCCUUUCUGAGGCAGAACUCCUGAGCGCAGCUAAAGAUGGAAAAGAACUGACUGCUGAUGGCUUCACGGUCAAAGUAACUGGUGGAGAUUCAAAAUCCAUCACCACACUCAACCGUGGUGAUGGAGAACUCGGUGGGCUCGGUGGAGAUUUCUUUAAGGGUCUGGGUUCUAGCGGACAGGAUCGUAAGCUCUCCUCAUCCUUCACUUCUUCCUCAUCCUCUUCCUCCUCCUCCUCCAAAACCAUCAUUUCCGGCGGGAGCAAAGGUUUUCACUCAGACACUAAGAGCAUCACGUCAACUUCUUCACCUGAUUACGGUGAUGACCUCGGGGGAUUCUUACGCGGCGACAUAGAAGAUGAUCUUCCUGACCUACAUGCUCGUAGUUUGAAGUCACGUGACGAUCGCAAAGCUGAUUUUAUUGGCGGAGAUUGUGUUGAGAUCCAGCAGAAGCACACCGCGGGUGAUCAGAGCGGCCUGUUCAAAGUAAAGCCGGCCGGGUCGGAGGAGGUAGUGGAGCUUUACUGUGACCAGGCCACAGGUUUGGGGGGCUGGGUUCUGAUCCAGCAGAGGGAGGACGGCUCUGUUAACUUCAACCGCACUUGGGAUGAGUAUCGGGUUGGGUUUGGGAAGAUAGACAAGCAAGGAAGGGGUGAGAUUUGGAUUGGGAACCACAUAUUACAUCUCCUCACUCAGAAGGAAAGUGUUCUGAGAGUGGAGCUGUUAGACUGGGCAGGAAACGAGGCGUAUGCAGAAUAUAACGUCCAGGUGGGCUCAGAGACAGAGGGGUUCCAGCUAAAUGUAUCAUCUUACACAGGAGAUGCAGGAGAUGCUCUGGUGCAGGGGCUAGCUAACACGGGUUCCUUCCUUUCACACGCUGGGAUGAAGUUUAGCACGUUUGACAGGGACAAUGACAAGUGGGAGGAGAGCUGUGCUAAGAUCUAUGGAGGCGGAUGGUGGUACAAUAACUGCCAGUCUGCCAACCUCAAUGGGAUUUACUACAAGGGCGGGAAGUACGAUCGUGCUAGCAAAAUUCCCUAUGAGGUAGAGAAUGGAGUCGUGUGGCUGCCGUAUAAACCAGCAGAUUAUUCCCUUAAAGUGGUCAGAAUGAAGAUCAGGCCUCUCUGAACCCUCAAAUCAGUGAAGGAGAUCAGAAAGAUGUAAAUGAUGAAAAUAAGAUAGAUCGAUUCUGCUUGCUAUGAUCAGCACAUGCCACAAUGUGAAAUACUGCACAAGUUAAUGUCGUUUUCAAUAAAAAAAAUGUGUUCACUUCA